UGCCGCUAACUCCGCAAGCAAGGCCGCGACUUUUUGGGCUCUGUGAGAUCGCACGGCACCAAUUGAGGAGUUCUGUUAGACAUGCGUGCAGCCCUCUUCCUCCUGGCUGCAGUCAGCAGCAAGGCGCUGUCCCUGCGGGCGGCACCGACACCAAGGAGAUGCGCGACGCGCCUGCACGCGACCGUCGAGGACGACGUGGACCUAUGCGAGGUAUUGAAUGCGAGCGACGAGGAGUUCCGAAAAUUGGGCUGCGCCGGGCCGCGCAUUCGCCUUAUCGCAGAGGCGCGAGAGGCAAGGCAAGGCCGGGACGAAAAGCGUCGGGGUGCGGUGCUCAGUCACGUGGAGGCGCUCGAAAAAGAAAACCCCACGCCGAAACCGAACGAGUCGCCGCUGCUCUCCGGGCGGUGGCGCUUGGUCUUCACGACCUCCGAAUCGAUCCUGGGCACGCGCCGCAUGAGGCCGUUCCGGCCGCGUCGACGCAUCCUGCAGGACAUUAACGCGGGAAAGCUCACGGCGAAGAACGAGGAGUGGGUGUUAGGCGGAUUGCUGCGGAAUUCUGUGAGGGCGAAGCUCGAGCCGCGGGAUGACGGCGCGACGGUAGAUGUCAUCUUCAAGCGGUUCGGGAUUGGUUGGCUGAAAUUGCCGGCGCCGAAGAGCGCGCGGGGCGUGCUGACGACGACCUACCUCGACGACGAGAUGCGGAUCUCGCGUGGCGACCGCGGCAACGUUUUCAUCCUCGUCAAGGAGGGUCCUAGUAAGAUUUAAAACAUUUAA